AUGUCGUCGUCGCGGUCGUCCUCCUCGACAUGGUCCUCCUUCUCACCCUCCCUCCUCCUCCCCCACCCGAACCCAUACCGCUUUUCCAAAAACCCGCUCGCCCGCGCCCCGUCCUCCGCAUCGAUGACGACCACCGCCUCCUCUGUCGCCUCGUCCUUCUCCAGCAUCAGCCUCCUCUCCUCGGGCGUGUCCUCUAUCGUGAGCAGCGUCAAGGGAAAGACGAGUAGGAAGGACAGACGACGCCGCCGCAACCCACCCAGUCCGCCACCGAUGCUGCUGCCCCUGGCGUUUCCCGCCGAGCCAAUUUUCGACCCGGCGGCCUUCCGUGCAUCCUCCUCCUCCUCCUCCUCCUCCCCGUCCCCGUCCCCGCCAUCGUCCCCCUCCAACAAGCUGAAGAAACGCAGGUCAGGUAGCAGCAGGAGCAGCCGAAGCAGACGUCAUCACCGUAAUAAUUCUGCUUCUUCUAAUAUAAACCACGGAGGGCCCGUUCCGUCUGCCUCGCGACGGCAACAUAAUGAAGAGCGCAUAGGUCCCGGAGUCACGUACACGCACAUGCAGACCGCGAGCACGCCCAAGACCAGCACCCACGCUGCACCUGCCGCGCGUGCGCGUCAUGGCGAUGACGACGACGAUGAUGACACCCAUGAGCCAUACCUCGUCCUCACGCCUUGCUCGCAUCCACAAUCCCCCGCUGCUUCACAGUCAGAAUGCUUGGGUCUGUACCACCACCACCACCACCACGACCAAGCUAGUCAGGACGCUGCGUUGUCCCAGCGACACCAGCCUCAGCCACCGGCCGAACACAAAGCCCAUUCAAGUAAACGGUCUGGGCCCUCAUUUUUUUUUGCUAAUACCAAUACCGAUACCCCUCACCAUCACCCCUCCUCUUCUUCCUCUUCCUCUUUUUAUAACCACCACCACCACCACCACCGUGCAUAUACCCCUUCGCACGCACACACCGAUUCAGCGGAUACCAUCACCGCUUUCUCUCCCUCUGCCUCUACCUCUGCGUCUCCAGCCAAACUCUCAAAAAAGCGCCACCACCUCCCGCCGCCUAUACACACCCAGCCCCCUUCCUCCUCCUCCUCUACAUCUGCGUCCCCAUCCUCGUCCUCGACGUCCUUUGUUCAUCUGAGCGCGGGAAGCACGUCACCUAAUACCGUUACGAUAGGCGCGAGCGGUGCAAGCAGCGGCACGCCGAGCUCGGGAAGCACAUUUGUCCUCGUCACCCCGCGCGCUGUCUCCGCGUCGUCGUCGUUGGGUACGGGAACAGCAACCGCGCGCUCAUUUUCGCCGUCUUCGCUUUCCCCCUCUUCCCUCUCCCCCUCCUCAGCGUCGUCGUCAGCGACUAGAAUGCCAGGCACACCGAAUAGCGCGGUGUUUAUAAGUGCGUCUGAUGUGCCGCCGCCGCAUGUUGUCGAUCAGCUUCAGCUUCAGGCGCAGACGCGGAAGAGUUCGAAGCGCGCGUCGUUGCUUGCGAGGACGUUUAGCCUCCGCCCGUCGAGAAGGCGUGCGUCCGAGUCCAACUCGGGUUCUAGUUCUAGUUCUCAUUUGAACCCUAGUGCGAGUGCGAAUGGGAGUGCGAAUGGGAGCGCUGUUGUUGUUGCUUCUGCUACUGGCACUACUGCUACUGCUACUACUGCUACUGCUACUAACAGCACUAGCACCCCGUCCUCGUCCACGACUGCGACUGCGGAACCAUCCUCAUCUUUAUCUUUAUUAUUAUCCUCAUCGUCAGCGUUGACAUCAGCAUCACAAACUUCGUCAUUGGGUCAGAUAUCCCCGGAUACGUAUCGUGUACGCGAAAGUGGCCUUUCUCCUCCUCCUCCUCCUCCUCCUCCUCCUUCUUCGUCGUCAUCUCCUUCUCCUUCUCAUCUUCAUCAUAAUUCUCAUUCGCAUCCUUCAAUGGAUACGACGACGACUACGACGAAGAUGCAUGCACAUGCACACCCGAGUUUACAGCGCAAUUUGGGGUCCGAGGCGUCUACCUCUGAAUCGGCGUCAACAUCGGCGUCAGGCUCGACUUUGAUAACGACACCGCCCUCAACGGUAUCUUCGACGUCAUCGACGUCGUCGUUUGCGAGGUGGAAGAGGUGGACUACGGGGAUUGGUUCUUCUGGUUCUAGUCCGAGUGGGAAUGGGAAUGGGAAUGGGAGUGGAAAUGGGAAUGGGGAAUUGGUGGUUGGGUUGGGUGGAAAAGGGAAGGAAAAGGAGAAAGAGGGAGAGGGAGAGCAAGGUGGUAUUGGUGGUGUUGGUGGUGGGGUUGAGAAACAGGGGAUAUUGCGCGUCACGCUCGCACCUCCACCCACACACACACAUCCACAUCCACAUCCACAUCCACCCCAAAAUAAAAAUAAAAUUGAAAAUGAAGAUGAAAAUGAACCCCCAAACCGAAAACGCCGCGCAUCGCUCGUCAAACCCCAUCCACAAUCACAAGCGCACGGACAGUCGCACAGACACACGCGCUCCUCAUCGGACGUUGGUGGUAGCAGCAGUGGAGGUGGUAUCGGGCGCGUGCGAGCGUUGAUCGAGCAUCAUACGCGGUCUAUUUCGCCCCCUCCCCCGGCGUCGUCAACAUCGCUGGUGGUGGUGGAAAGGAGGAAGAUCAGCAAGUUUAUGCUUGGAUCCGAGUCGGAUUUUGAUCUUCCUUCGACGUCGGCGGGGAAGGAGGGGAAGGAGAGUGUAAAUGGGAAGGAGGGUGGAAGUGGGAAUGCAAAUGCAAGUGGAAAGCUUAGGAAGAAGCGCGAUACGGUGACAGUGGGGACAGCGGUUCAGAGUGGUACACCGUUUAUCUCGCUUAAUGCGUCGCCUACGUCCAAGUUGGCUCCAUCGGGUGUUUCGAGCGCCAACGCCAACUCAAACUCGAACUCGGAUUCACACAAAAACGCCCACGCGCCCACCCACGCGCCCACCCACCCACACACACCCACCCACACCCACCCACACGCGCCUCCGCGCCCCCCGCUCCUCCGACGGCACGCGGAGAUCAGCGAGGGGGAAGAGCUGGGGCGCAGGCGGUGGACGCUUGCGAGUGCGAUGACGGAUGAAGGGAUUGCGGAUGAGGGGCUGGUUAGGGAGCUUGAGCGGAUGCGCGAGUUGGGGCGGUGGACGAGGAGGAUGGAGAGGGUGCGCGCGAGGGAGAGGGGGAGGGAGAGGGUUAGGGAGAGGAGGAAUAGGAAUAGGAGUGAGAGUCGGGCGGGUUUGGUUAGGGGCAGGGAGGAGGAGGGGGGAAGAGGGGAAUUGGAGCAUGCAGGAGAGAGGGGGGAUGUGGAUGAGGAGAUUGUGGAAGAGGAGAGGAGUUUUAUGGAAGAGGCUGUGUGGGAUGAAGAUGAAGACGAAGACGAGGAGGCGGAUGGAGUGUUGAGAGAAAUCGGCAGGGAGAUUUGGGAGGAUAUCGCAGAUAUCUCGCCGUCCCCUGCAUCGUCUUCUGCCUCGUCGUCAUCGAGUUCCUCGAAUUCCAACUCGAACUCGAGUUCAAGUGCCGAUCGGGGCAACGCGACUUCAUCACCGUCAAGUCCAACAACCAGCACGCACCAUCCUCCACCGCCCUCGCCAUCCUGGCUCGCCGUACAGCGCGCCGUGCUCACCUGCCGCGAGCUCAUCCUGACCGAGCGGCACUACCUCGCGCACCUGCAGUCGCUGUUAUCGAGUGCGACGGCGACGCCGCCGCCGCCGCUGAUGCUGCGGUACGCGGAGGAGCUGGCGGCGGUGAGCGCGGCGGUGUUGCGGGAGAUGGAGGCGCGGCCGAGUGUGGGUGGUGUGGCGCGGGCGUUUGUGGAUAGGGAGGAGGAGGUGGGUGCGGCGUAUGUGAGGUGGUGUGCGGUUGUUGGGGGUUGGUUUGUGGAUGGGAAUGAGAAUGGGGGUGGGAAUCAGGAGGGUGGGAUGGGUUUGAGGAAGAGGAAGAGUAAGUCUGUUGUUGCGGGUACGGGUGCGAGUGAGUACCAUGCUGCUGCAGCGACUGGUGUAGUGGGAGACGGCGUGGAUACGGAUGAUGGGCACCUCUCGAGCAACCACAGCCAUGGACACGGCGCGUUUGGGUCGAGCAGCGCGCUUGCUGCAUUGGGGUCGAGCCACGGGCACGGGUCUGCUGCGUCGCAUUCUGGUCAUGGGCACGGGCAUGGGCAUGGCUAUGGACAGCACCUCCAGCCAAGCCACCCGCCGCCCGUUGUCAGCCCUUUGAAGCGCACGGUGAGCACGUGGCGCAGGAGUAUGCCGAGUAUCGCGUCGUUGGGGCUCGACGGGGGCGUCAUGUCUAUCUAUGGGCGCAAGGACAGGGAGUUGGAGCGGGAAAGGGAGAGGGAGAGGGGAAGAGGUGGACCGGAGGUUGCGUUGCGUGUGUUGGAGGGAACGGUCGAUGGUGGUGGUGGUGUGGGGAAUGGAGGAGAGGCGAGCCCGGGUAAACCGGUACCGCGCAAGCAGAAGCCGCCUGCUGUGAGAGAGCUCGCGAUCUUGCCGACGCAGAGGGUGAUGCGCUAUGUCCUGCUCUAUCGAGAUCUCCUGGCGCAUACGCCGCAGAACUCGGGAUCGCGCGUGUUGGUGGAACGAGCGGUGGAGGCUGCGUGUCGGAUUGCGGAAAAGUGCGAUCGGGCACAGGAGAAUGCGGCGUUUAUUGGGCUCGUGCCGCCUGGGGGAGGCGUUGUUGGUGGCAGGAAUGGUGGGACUAGCAGUCGGAGUAGCAGUGCUAGGCGGAAGGUUGGCAAGGACAAAGACAAGGAGAAAGACAAGGACAAGGAUAAAGACAAGGAUAAGGACAAGGACAAGGACAAGGAGAAAGAAAAGGGAAUAUCCUCGUCCGAGUCGUCUGUGUCUGGUGGCGCUAGCAGCUCAUCGUCGUCUGGCGUAACAUCCCUGUCGUCCGUCGAGUCAGCCAACGGCUCUUCUGAACCUUCAAAUUCAAACUCGGCACUGCUGUCCGCCACCGCAGCCACACCCACUACAAAAUCAAAAUCGCGUUCUGCAUCGACAUCGUCGGCUUCGGCGUCGCCAUCGCAGACCGCCUUCCUAUCUCCUCUUUCAAAUUCGAAUUCGAAUAGUGCGACGCCUGUUAGGCAGAAGAAGGCGAAGCGGCCGUCUACAGCGGACUCGGGGAGGAAGAGGGCGUCGUUCGCUGUGAGCUUGGGUAUGGGAUGGGGACGUGUGCCCUUCAGCGAGGUUGCUGAAGGUGGUGGUGGAAGAGGAUGA